UCCGUCUUUAUGUCUGAGCAGCAACUGUUGUUUUAGUUUAAAUCUGAGAUGAACAGCAAACAGAUGAACAGGACAGGGAACAUCCAGAGAAAGAAAAAGAAAUGGAGGUCAAAGAGUCAGAACCACACCGCACCAAAAAACGAUAACAUGACGAAUAAACAUUUGGGCAACCAGACAAGUGCAGCACUGCGGAUGGACGAUGGAGUGGAAGCAGAAUUAAAAAACACCACACAGCAGGAUUGCGGAUGGCUUUCACGCAACCUGCUCCUUGUCCUCACUGUGCUAGGUGUAAUAGCAGGCACAGUAAUGGGCAUGAUGCUGCGUUAUGUUCCUGACCUGGAUACAAACACUCUCAUGAUGGUCUCUUUUCCUGGAGACGUCCUGAUGAGAAUGUUGAAGAUGCUCAUCCUGCCCCUCAUCAUCUCCAGUCUCAUCACAGGUCUGGCUGGUCUGGACGCUCGCUCCAGUGGAAGAAUGGGCACCAGAGCAAUGGUGUACUACAUGUCCACCACAAUAAUCGCUGCUGUUUUAGGUGUCAUCCUGGUGCUGGGAAUUCACCCCGGGAAUCCAAAACUCAGGUCUGGUCAGGUCAGCUCUGCCCCAAAGAAUCAAGAAGUCAGCAGUUUGGAUGCCUUUCUGGAUCUAAUCCGAAACCUCUUCCCAGAGAACCUGGUCCAGGCCUGUUUUCAACAGGUUCAAACAGUGCUGAAGAAAGUAGCCAUCCCAGUCCAGAACCAAACUGAACCAAUCCUCGUCAAUAGGAAGAAACUAGAGCUGAAGUGGGGAAUGAAUGUUUUAGGUUUGAUUGGGUUCUUCAUCACGUUUGGUAUUUGCAUGGGGAAAAUGGGAGAGAGAGGGAAGCUCAUGUCUGAUUUCUUCAACAUCCUUAAUGAGAUCAUCAUGAAGAUGGUGUCCAUGAUCAUGUGGUACUCUCCAGUUGGCAUUGCCUCCCUCAUCUGUGGUAAAAUAGCUGCCAUCGGUGAUCUGGAAGUGGUGGCGAGACAGCUGGGCAUGUACAUGGUCACAGUCAUCGUCGGACUCAUCAUUCAUGGCGGACUCAUCCUGCCAUGCAUAUUCUUCGCCGUGACUCGGAAAAAUCCCUUUAUGUUUUACUCUGGUAUCUUCCAGGCUUGGAUCACUGCUCUGGGAACAGCCAGCAGUGCUGGGACGUUGCCAGUAACAUUUCGUUGUCUGGAGGAGAAUCUGAAGAUUGACAAGCGUGUGACUCGUUUUGUGUUGCCCAUUGGAGCCACCAUAAACAUGGAUGGCACUGCACUCUAUGAAGCCGUGGCAGCCAUAUUCAUCGCCCAGAUGAACGACAUUGCCCUAGAUGGAGGACAAAUCGUUACUGUUAGUAUGACAGCGACUUUAGCCAGUGUUGGAGCUGCCAGUAUUCCCAGUGCAGGUUUGGUCACCAUGCUGCUGAUCCUGACCGCUGUGGGCCUACCAACUCAAGAUAUCAGCCUUCUCGUCGCCGUCGACUGGCUCCUCGACAGAAUGCGCACCUCCAUUAAUGUGGUUGGCGACUCUUUCGGGGCGGGCAUUGUGGACCACCUAUCACGGGCAGAGCUUGCUGUGAUUGACGGGGAAAUUCCUCUAUCAGACGAGGAGUUUGUUCCGCCUCCGCCACUCCUCACUGAAAUAGACCUCAUAGACCCUCUCAAACCUCCCGAACUGCCCCCUCGCUCCCCGCGACCCCCUAAGCUCAACCAUCAUGCUCCGUCUCUGACCCCUUCACAGUCUCAGUCGCACUCCAUCCCGCAUUCGCCCCGUUCGGUCCGCUCUCCAUCCCCUCACUCCAUUCGCUCGCCCUCCCCACGCUCCGUCUGCUCUCACUCCCCGAGGCCUUUCCGAACACAUUCCCCUCGUCUUUUACGCAGGAUGGAGCCUGGAUACUGCGCCCUGCCCACUCACGACAACCAGAUUACCACACUUCCCAGAGGUUUUCGGGAGAGAGGCAGAGACCGGGAAAGAGAUAGAGAAAGAGAGAGACUGAGGGAACGGGAACGAGAUAAAGGAAGCGAGACUGAAGAAGACGAGGAGAAGGAGAAGAUGGUGGACGAGGCAAGCGACGGAGAGGAAAGUGAUGACACGGCGUACGACAGACGCCACACCAUCCCGCCGUGUGAUCUGCCCUGAAGAAGAGCAGAUUACGGCUUUUCCACAUUUUCACAAUUCUUCUUCUGUAUUUCAGCACCCGCCUUGCUGGAUGAAAGCUGUCGUUUGGUUGUUUGGCAAAGACUUUGAGUACCUACGUGUGUUGUGUGUUUGUUUUGCUUUCAGAAACUGGACAUUAGUGAGGAUUCAUUGGCAAGUGUGUUUCUUAGCAUCAGCUUUAUAGUCUAGCAACACCAAUCAUUUGUAUCUUGCAACUCAUUUGCUUUCACUGGUUAUUUGCUUUUACAGGAUUUCAAUAACAAACCGGAUCAGUGGCUUUGAGCGUUUAUUGCACGUGCACUGCCAAUCUUGAUUUUAUUUAGUCUUUGUCCUCCUUUAUCAUAUCAUUUAUCUAGGCUACUGGGAUACUGGUUAAAACACUGGAGGUCAUUGCUCUGCAUUGUAAAAUCCAGACUUACUCAGUGCUUCAAGGAAAAGAAGUUCUUGACUCAUUUGAGCUGCCUUAGUUUACUUUAUUUUUGCCUAGAUGUCCCCUGUUCAUUGCCAGUGCAACAUAAACAAAGAAAUGACAACAGGCAGCUCAAAUGAGUCGAAGCGGUUGCUUCCUAUAAACAAUCCCAAGUUGUUAAACAUCUCCUGUUUUAUGAUUUGUGGGGUUUUUUCUCUUUUGACGGUGGCGAGGACGUCAUGAGCAGCUGUGAGUAACACAAGGAAGUUUCUCUCCGAGCCCCUCAUGUCCUGUCCUGUUCCGCAUGUCUUAAAAAUCUGAAUCAUAUACUGAGAAAAUCAUUAGAAUUGACAGAUUGACCAACACACUGUUUAGAUUAGUGGGUGUGAUGUCAGGCUUGUUACACAAAUCUGACGUAGUGUGUUUUUUUUAUACCGAUUGACCCUUUGAAAGUUGUCCACUCUCAUAUGAAUGUGAGUGAAGUUCUUAGUCAAUAGAAAAAAAUUACACAUAUAUAUAAUUUAUAUAUACACAUAUAUAUUAUUAUAUAUAAACAAUUGUAUAUUACUUCACAGCACAACAAUUCUUGUAUUGAAAUGUAUAAAUAUAUUUAUAUAUCAUUUGUAAUACAAUUUUGUAAUUUAAUACAGUCAGAUAUAUGCACUCUACUUUUAAAAACUCAAGUACAUACACAAAACAACAUGAGCGUUUAUAGCAAAUAAACAAAUAUAAAUAUAUAUUGUCGAGUAAACUCUUACACCUGUAUGAUUGUUCACACGCUCAACAAAAAGGGCUGCGAUUGGCUCUAAUGCUUUGGCACUGUUCACCGAUAAAUGACACUGAUAAAUGGCAGCGGCGAUCACGCGCUCGUGUCUAUAUCCAGAAGUAUCACUGUAACAUCCAAGAGGAGAGGAAAUGUAAAGUAAAUGGAGUUUACUUUAAUUUUCUUCAUAACAGUCAAACAGGGCUUCUGCUGUAACUUUUUAUGCAGUUGGAGUGUUUUAAUUACUCGCGCUCGUCUUCCUCACCAUAGUAAGCUACCGCAAUAUAGGACAUAUUAGAUAAAUCAUAAUCAUAAAUAGAUCAUGAUCUAUUACUGAACCGAUACCAAAUUUUUCACAUCUGUAUCGCAGUGCACAAAAGAAACAAUUAAUUUUGACACCCUCAAUAUAUAUUUUAAUUUAUAUAUAUA